AUGGAAAUAAAAGGGACUCUAGUGAAGAAGUCCGAGAACUUAUACGAUAUUGUGGACCAUAUCAAUAAAGUUAUCCAGUGCUCUAUACGUAAAGACGACAUCAAUUAUAUUACCCGAGUCCCCAGCCUCAAAGCAGAGUCUCAAAAGUCCAUAAUCAUGGCGCUCAACAAUCGUUACUGCAAGGAAGAGUUUGUAGCAGCUGCGCGUAAACAUAGGGAACUCAAAGUUUCUCAACUGGGAUACGCCGAUGAAGGACAUGUUUACGUCAACGACCAUCUCACGCUAUUUAAUAAAGCUCUUCUUAAGAAGGCGAAAGAUCUGGCGAAAACAAAAAAACUUCAAAUAUGUGUGGAUAAAACAUUGUAA